AUGACACAUGAGUUAAUUAGAGGGUACAAUAGGAAGCAUAUUUCUCCUAGAUGUACCAUCCAGAUUGACUUACAAAAAGCCUAUGAUACAGUCUGUUGGGAUGCCCUGGAAACUAUCAUGAUAGAAUUGAGCUUUCCAAAUCAGUUCAUUGACUGGAUUAUGCUAGCAGUCAAAACAGUCUCCUACAGGUAUUUGAUUAAUGGUCAAGUAAGUGGUAUCCUGAAAGCUAAGAGGGGUCUGAGGCAGGGUGACCCUGUGUCACCUCUUUUAUUUGUUCUGGUCAUGGAAUACCUUCACAGGUGUAUGAUGGAACUUAAGGAGAAUAGGGACUUUAAAUAUCAUCCCAGAUGUGCAAAAUUGAAUAUCACCAACAUAUGUUUUGCUGAUGAUCUUAUGUUGUUUGCCAGGGGAGAUGUUCUUUCAGUGCAAACCAUGAUGGCAGUGUUUCAUAGCUUCUCUGAGGAAACUGGUUUAAAGGCUAAUCCAGAUAAAUGUAAGGUGUUUUUUGGAGGGACUGGAUAUGAGGAACAGCAAGCUAUUAAAGAAUCCACUGGCUGUAUUGAGGGCAAACUGCCUAUACGGUACCUGGGUGUACCUCUCACUAGUAGGAAACUAUCAGUUAUACAAUGCCAACCACUUAUCGACAAGAUGAUUGCAAGGAUUCAGCACUGGUCUGUGAAGUUUUUGAGUUAUGCUGGUAGACAACAACUUGUUCAAAGUGUCCUGAUUUCGAUUACCAAUUACUGGAUGAGUGUAUUUCCCCUACCUAAGAAAGUAAUUCAGAAGAUUGAGGCUUUAUGUCGGAAUUUUCUUUGGUCUGCCAAAACGGAUGGGAGGAAAGCAUUGGUGUCUUGGGAAAAUACCUGUGAACCAAGGAAUGCAGGGGGCCUGAAUUUUAAAAAACUUAUAUUUUGGAACAAGGCAACCAUUAUGAAAUUGUUGUGGAAUAUACACAAUAAAAAUGAUAAGCUCUGGAUAAGAUGGUUGGAUAUAUACUUUCUGAAGGGUAACUCAAUUCUCUCAUGGCAAGUUCAACAUACUAGCUCUUGGAUGUUGAAUUCUAUUUUGAAGUGUCGCACAUACACCCAGAAUAAUGUGGCAUGGGAGAAAGCUGAAGCCUCGAAAGUAUUCAAUACUGCUGCCAUUUACAAUAGUCUUUGUGGAGAAAGUAUUAUGGUUCCUUGGAAGCAUUUGUUCUACCAAAACCGGGCAAGACCAAGGGCUAAAUUCAUUUUGUGGUUGGCUUUAUGGGGCAGGCUGGGAACAAAGGAUAGAUUGGAGAAAUUUGGGAUCAUUCACGAAAAAUAUUGCUGUUUCUGCUUGCAGUAUGAAACAUUAAAUCAUCUAUUCUUUGACUGUGCUUUUACAGGUUUCAUAUGGCACCGAAUGCUUGAUUGGAAUGGAUACACACGAUAUGGUUCUGAUUGGGAUACAGAGAAAAGAUGGCUCAUAGAGGAGUUAGCUAAAAAAGGAUGGCGUCGAGAAAUUCUACGAAUCAAUCUUGCUGAAACGGUAUAUCACAUUUGGCAGGCAAGGAAUGAGAUAAUCUUCAAGAACAACAGUCCAAACCUUGAUGUUACUAGGAAGAUAACCGAGAGUGUCAUAGGUAGAAUCAUGCUAGCUAAAAAGUUGAAAAUUCAUAUCAAUGCUAGUGGAGAUAGUAUAAUUUAA